AGAUCAUCGUCUUGUCAGCACAGGCUCAAGUUCAUGCCGCCGAUCACAAAAGAGGAGGGGUCCAAUGUCUCUAGUCUAGCCAAACUAGCUUCGAUGCAUUUCUCUUGCAAGAGAGGAAAGAGUUGCAUUAAGUUAUUACCGUGUGCUUUCCUUCACCAGUCUGGUCUCAUCACACAAUUCAGCAAAGCAAAAUCGGGACGACUUGGACGGCGGAAACAUGCAUUUGCAAGAUCUUACGGUUGGUUAUGUCGCAGGUGUGAUUGCCGCGGCUAUCUUCGUGGCUCGAGUCUAUGCUCCGAGUGUCUUAACAUUUAUUCUCUCUGCGAUCCUACGAGAUCAGAAUAGUGCGGCAACCUGGACUGUUGCAUCUGCAACACUUAAUCGUUCAUACUGGCCAAAUCUGCUGCAGUCCGACGGAGCUAAGAACCAUGGAGUGCGAAAGGAUAUCAUCUUUCUCACGUACUUCAUAUCUCUUAUGGGAGCGUUGAUUGCUAUUGCUGGUAUAGUGACGCCGUUAGGGCUCUUUGAGACUUUGGUCUCAACAGACAAUGUCCAGACUCCAUUCCGAUACCUCAAGGAUUCUUCCCCGUUCGGAUAUGGUACACCACAACGGAGCAACUUUACAUUCAAUCGAAAAUGUGGAGACCUCGGUCCACUGCCAUGUCCGUACUCAGAUACCAUUGUCGUCAACGUAUUUGACCAGAAUGGUAAUGGGACAGUUGACACACCGUACGGCUACAACAUGACGAUUCCUGAUAUUGUAAUGAAUACCUACUCUAGCGGUGUCGGCAACGACACGACUAUCUCUAAUUACUUCGAUAUUCAGUGGAGAAGGUAUCAGACGAAUUCGGUUCCAGAACUCAACAACGGCUCAACAUUCCUUGUCGGAGCGUUCCGUCCAAUGCAGAGCUUGGCUCUGAAUAGUGCCAUCCAGCCAGUGGAGGGUUUGAUUGUGGACACCAUCAAUGGAGGAGUUGGAUUUAGGAACCAUACCGUGCCCCCUGGCUUCAAAUAUGGCGCAUCCUGGGAGGAGGAUAUUCUGUUCAUCGAACCUGAGACAGUUUGUGUCGAUACCAACACAACUCUCGACUUCACGAUCGCCCCAAGCCCCAAUAUUAGCGUGUCGGUCGUCGAUCUUGUCUUGACCGACCGUGGAGGCUUCGUCAACAUCAACAAGUCAUAUCCUCUCAUUGACCUUUCCGAUCCCCAAAAGAAUCCCAAGUUAUAUGAGCGUGCGUGGAAGGCAGCAUGGAUGACAAAUGCAUGGACUAUGCUUCUCUACAAUAUUACAAAUCAAUAUAACGAGACAACAGGCCGCAGAGCAUUUUCCUACCUCAACUCCACAAUGGACAAGAAAUUUGCUGUGCCCAGUCAAGGUAGCAGCGAGUAUUACGAUGCCCUUAUCAUGGACAGCACUUUCAUGGACCAUCUCAAUAUUGGAGCUGGACUUAGUGCUACAGACUCGCCGAAUGCCGAUGCCAGGCCACCAAGGCUUGGAAUGCCCGGUAUCAGCUCAAGUAACUUUUCGGAUAUAUCUCUCAUUUGCUCUGGUUCUGGUGGUGCUGACUUCGCAAACAUCACGAAUAUAUUUGUCACUUGUGGAAUCAUGAGAGGAAUACCUCAGCGUCUAGAUGCAGGAUCCAACAUGAUUUUCGAAGCCAACAGCCGAUGGACACAACCAAUUUAUUCCUGCGCCACGGCAGUAAAAGCCACAAUCAAGACUGUUUCUUUCACCUUCAACGGGACAGAAAACGAGCUGUCGAAUCUCAAUAUCACGAAGUUGAGGAACAAGGAGUAUCCCAACGACCAAAGUCGCCCUCUAUGGGGCGUCGAGGACACUGGAAACUAUUAUGCCCAGACGGGUUUAAAACCCAUCUGGGGACUGGUCUCAUCCGAUUACGAGAAUAACCAGAAUGUCUCGGUUGUUCGCCAGGACUCCCUCUAUCUCCCAGGAUACCAAAGCGCAUACAACUCGCUGUUCUCGUUAUUCUCACUACAGAACCUACCAGCCAGUGAAUUCUUCCUGAGCGCAGCUGGUAAUGCAUAUACCGUCGGAGGAGCAUCCUCAGCCCCAGUCGACUACAGCGGCGGAAAUAACAUGGCAAUGUGGGCACGCUGGAGAGAACUCAGCGCAAAUCCCAUCAACGCAGCGCAAAUUCCCAACAUCGUCUUUACCGAUUAUGCAGCUGCAUCAGUCGUCGGCACCAAGGGUGUUCUGGGUCCCGGAAAUGCAGCACAGCAAAAUCUUGUUGCACUUCCCGUCAGUCCGACAGAGCGCCGGAUCAGAUACCGCUGGCCAUUCGCCAUCCCAGCCUUCAUCGUUGCACUGAUGCUCAUCCUCAUGUCGAUUGCUGGUCUCCUAACGCUGAUCUUCGGCCACGGAAGUCUCGCCAAGAUGCGUGCCCACCUCCACCAGAGCUCUACAGGACGAAUCUUCACCACCUUCCUGUAUCCAGAGCAAGGAGGUCUGCGUGUCAGAUCCAGAGAUUGGAGUAAGCGGAUGGGGACUGCUGUUGUGGAUCUCUCAGGAGAUUAUCCCAUGCGAGCAGGCCCGAUGCAACAACCGGAGAAGUGGAAUAGGUCAGGAUCGGGAGAGGCUAUUGCAGAAGGUGAACAGUUCUUGGGUCCGCAGGGCCAGGCAAGUCCGCGGAUAGUAUAUGCUGGCGCGCCGGGAGAGGGCUUUGGUCAACCUCAGCCGUACACUGGUGUUCAGCAGCAUACUGUGCCUGCUGGUGGGAAGUAA